GCCGUAUAUAAGCGGCGCGGGGUCCUGCAGGCGCGGUCCUGUCACGCUCGCACGGGGAGGAGGCUGAGGUGGCGAUGGCGGAUUUUGAUCCUUACGACGAUCGGGCCUACAGCAGCUUCGGCGGCGGCCGGGGGGCUCGUGGUGGUGGCCUUGGUUCUCGCAAACAGAAAGAGCUGCCAACAGAACCUCCCUUCACAGCAUAUGUGGGCAACCUCCCUUUCAACACUGUCCAGGGUGACAUAGAUGCCAUCUUCAAGGAUCUCAGCGUAAGGAGCGUACGACUAGUCAGAGACAAGGAAACAGACAAAUUCAAAGGAUUUUGUUACGUAGAGUUCGAUGAGGUGGAAUCGCUCAAGGAAGCUCUUACAUAUGAUGGUGCACUUUUGGGUGACCGGUCACUCCGAGUGGACAUAGCAGAAGGCAGAAAACAGGAUAAAGGUGGCUUUGGCUUCAGAAAAGGGGGGCCUGAUGACAGAGGAAUGGGAGGAGGUUCCAGAGAGUCCAGAGGAGGUGGAUGGGAUUCCAGAGAUGACUUCAAUUCUGGAUUCAAAGAUGACGACUUCUUGGGAGGCCGGGGUAGAGGAACCCGCCCUGGAGACCGGCGACCCCCAGGUGCCUCAAUGGGAAGCGUUGGCACCGGUCGCUUCAGAGAUGGGCCUCCCCUUCGUGGGUCUUCCAUGGACUUCAGAGAGCCAACAGAAGAGGAAAGAGCACAGCGACCUCGACUUCAGCUCAAACCUCGAACAGUUGCUACUCCCCUCAAUCAAGUAGCCAACCCCAACUCUGCUAUCUUCGGUGGAGCCAAGCCCCGAGAGGAAGUAGUAAAAGAGCACGACUGAGUUUGGGGUCGAGAGGGAAUGGGGAGGCGGGAGAAAAAGCAAGACAGUACAGAGUGGCUAGCUCUGCUGGAAUGUCAACCCUGCAGUUUACCAUUCCUACCAUCGGGUAUUUGUCCUCUUUGAAACCCAAAAUACAGAGCUUGUGAAUGCAUGUCAGCUGUUAACAAGUGGUUUUUAGUACGUUCUUGGCUUUGCUGUAUCUAGUGCCCGCUUUGUGCUGAGUUGCCCUCUUCUGUUUCCUUCCAAGCGGCACACUUGCCAGUAGAUAAGGCGGUGUAGCUGCUUCCACCAGUGUGGAGGUCUCUGGACACAGGUGCUGCUUCACUUCUUCCUUUCUGGGUUUGUUUUACUUUAGAAGCACAGGUUAGACUUAGUUACUUCCCUGUAUUGUUUUGUUUUGCUUCCUCAGUGCUCCUCUUCUGACCUGCAUGUCUCGUUCUGUAUUGCUGUGGCUCUGAAGAGGAAAACUGGAGAGUCCAGAUGAGUUGAGCAGAGAAAUUUACAGUUCUAACCAAGUAGUGAAAUACCAUUUCUGACAACUGGUGAUGGCGUUCCUGGAUGCAGCAGA